AUGGGGGACCUGAUCAUUCAGUAUCAGGCGGUCUACCUACAGCCAUACUAUCUAGGUCAUGAAGGGAAGAGAAAGAAUGAGAUCAAGGAUGCAUACAGCUGGAAUGAACUUCCUGAAGGGACUUGGAGUCUUGUGUAUCUCCACAGUAUUCUAAAGAACCACACGGCCCACGCUUGUGACGGAGACCUGCUUGUCAUCAAGUGUCCUGCCAGGACAUCUGUAGCUGUCCUAUCAGCCUUCUACGGAAGACGUGUUCCUUAUAAACACUUAUGUCCUGCAGCAAGCAUAAACGACACAGUGGAGGAGGACACAGAUUGCACUUCUUCAACUGCUUUAGAAAAGGUACUAUCAGAGUGUCAAGAUGAGCGGACCUGUCACCUACCCGUCCUCGCUCAAGUGUUCGGACCAGAUCCCUGUCCUCUCACCACCAAGUACCUCUUGGUGUCCUACAAGUGCAGACCAGAAUACCAUCACACAAGACUUGUGUGUGAAAAUGAGCGUCUGAGGCUGUCCUGUAAAAAUGAGACUGUUCUGGCCAUCUACUCGGCUACGUUUGGCCACCUCCUCCACGGGAGUCCCAACUGUCCUGAGGAACCCAGAUCAAAGUCUGACAUGGAGUGUUUGUCAGCUGUGGCUGUAAGGAAGGUGUCCCGCAGAUGUCACGGAAGAGAAAACUGUUCAAUUUUUGCAGAUACUCAAACCUUUGGGGACCCCUGCUUUCCUGGCACCAGGAAACACCUGCGAGUCUCCUUCACUUGUGUGCCCAGAUAUCUGCUUGAAGACAUGGGUCGAGGGUCAACAGAUCCUUUCAUGAUCUCAGACAUCACACAUGGCGGAUGGUACACUGGCCCCACCUACUGGUCUCAAAAUGUCUUCUUAAACAACUGCCUGGAGAUCAUUGAAAAAUUAUUGGGUCUCCCAGAGAGAGUGGCUCUAUACUUUGUCUCUGGCAUCUGUGCCGGUCUGGUGUUCCUGCUCUGCCUGUUUGGGCUUCGCUCCACACUGGUGAGAGAUGUCAAAGACCUGGUUUCUGACCUGAGCGAUCAGCUGAAAGCCUCACGCAGGCAGCGCAAAGAGCUUAUGGAUGACCUCUUUGAUGAAGAUAUCUCAGACACCUCCUCCUUCCGCCACCUCACGCAAUCCUACCGUACCACGGAAACUUUUAGCCCGUCCACCAUAACAGUAGAGCUGGUUGAGCGAGAUGUGCAGCAGACAAGGGAUCUUCCCAAUGGAGACAUCUGGCCACAGGUGGACUCCAGUCCCUAUGCCAUUCACAAGAUUAAAACUUACAGCAACUGAUUUAGUUCAGAUUUUUUGGCCUAAAGGUGAAAAAGAAUGGU